GUCAACGCCACCUCAAAACGCGCCAAAAUCGUGAAAUUUCUUGAGAACCGGAAUCAUGAACGAUAGUUUUGGUGGAGGCUUCAACACGACGACGGCCGGUGGUGCCGAGGCGGAAAGCAAAGCGGAGGGCGUUCUGCCGAUGGUGGUGAGCCAGAUAAAGGAAUCUCCGGACGCCGGUAUCUCGAUGUUCGGCAACAAUUACACGAUGAUCACGCUGGUCGCCAUCAUUCGGAGCGUCGAAUACUCGUCCACCAAUGUUACCUACCAGCUAGAAGACCACACCGGAAGGAUCAACGCACACUUUUGGUUGGACGAAGGCAACGCCAACAGCACACCGAGCAUCGUACCCCGAUCGUACGCUCGAGUCGUGGGAUCCGUGCGCAACCAGGAAGGCACGAAGGUGAUCAUGAUUUUCAAAAUCGAUCAAGUCAACUCCCCGAACGAGUACACGACACAUCUGCUGGAGGUGCUGCACGCUCGGUACAAGUCGGAGGAGCAAAGCAAACGCAAGACGGACUCGCGCUUCGAUACGAACGCCAACGCCACCUCGAACGGUGGGUUCAUGGAGUCGGAUCCGGACGGUGCAUCGCUUGGAUUGACCGGGAAACGAUUGACUGUUUACAAGGCGAUCAAGAGUCACGUUUCGGACAUCGGUAUCAGCCGGAAGGAGCUGCAGAGCAAGUUCAGUCACGUUAACAGCUCGGAGAUGGCUACCAUGCUGGACUACAUGAUAGCCGAGGGAAUCAUUUACUCCACCGUCGAUAGUGAUCAUUUCAUGUGUAUCGAGAACUAAAAUGUAUCCUAAUCCUUGUCUACAUAAUUCCACUCUAUUAAUAAAAACUCAAAUAUUAAAUUCA